AAUGAUUUUGAGCUGAUUAGGUUGUUUAUCGUCUUCAAUUACGUUUACGUUUUUCGUAAAAUGUAUUAAUAUCAAUAUUUUCCGGUUCUCCUCAAAUUGUCAUGGCAGUUAGUCAUGCUCAUGUUUGGAAAGUUGAUACAGAGAACGGAGAGACAGAGGAAAGGAGAGCAGAACGGGUCGCCGGCGAAGAAGUUAGGAAUCCGCUGACGAGAGCUCAGGGAUGUCGACUGGACCUGAGCAUGUUGCCUAUCAAGGAAGACUCGUUCUACUCCAGUUAUUUCUUUCGAGAUGUCCAUGACUACAAUCCACUCACUGUCCUGGACAUCACUGAUUGCGGUCUCAACACUUUUCCACAUUUCAUCCUAAGCGCAGUCAAUCUUGUCCGUCUCCGCUUGACCUCCAACAAUCUCAAAACCUUGCCGGACGCAAUAGGUAAUCUUGGUUACCUGGAAAGGCUCUCAGUGUAUGGGAACCAAUUGGAGUCUCUUCCUUGGACUCUGUACAAGCUGCACCGCCUGACAAUUUUUCGUUUGGGCGGAAAUAAUCUCCGCAACGACGACCUACACGCAAUCCAGCAAAUGGCUGGACUUCAGCACUUAUAUUUGAGGCAGAAUUACAAACUGACGUCGAUUCCACGCGACGUGUGCCUCAUGAGAAGUCUGAGGGAGCUCAAUGCUGAUGAAUGUGAUAACUUGAGGUCUCCCCCUCUUGGAGUCAUUAAACAGGGAAUGUCCAAUCUAAGGAGUUACUACCAACAUUCUGGAUGGUACUAAAAGGCUGUAACCCAAGGGUAUAGUCUUGAAUUGACUGCAACAUGUUGAGAAACAGUGAUGACUUUGGUAGUUUGAGUUAGAAAACAAACUUCUCAUUUGCAUUAAUUAGAUGGGUUCAUACUUUAGCUAUGUUAGGUAUUUGUUGACUUUCUAAUACAAACAACUGAAGUGAAA